AUCAGAAGAGAAACAAGAACUCUUCAGAUCUAAAAAUAUAAGCAUCUUCUUCCUCAUAAUUCAAGUAGUCACAAUGGCAAUGGCAUCAUUGAAGUGUCUCAUUGUCCUCUGCAUGCUUCAUCUGUUUGUUGAAGGCACUGAGGGAGUGAAUCCCGCUGUUCUUGCUAGAAUUAUCCAGUAUUUUGAUAACAAUGUUCAGCCAACGACCAUGCCUGAUGCUCAGUAUGCAAUAGCAAUUAUUGUCCCUCCGGCGCAGUGUACAGAUGAACAAUCUGAUAUCCAGACUGUGUUCAGCAGGGAAGAGGCAGAACAUGUGAGAAAUCUUCUCAAUAACAGAGAGAAUUGCAUACUCUGCACACAAUCAGAAAAUGUCAUCGCUGCACGGCCAAAUGGAAUGACAAAAGAACAUUCUGAGCAUAUUCUGCUCUAUCCGCUUGGUAAUUCUCCCAUGGACACACUUCUAGCGCAGGCAGAUCAGAAUAGCUGUGUAGUUUUCUAUUCUUACAACUCACCUUGUGUGACAAAAUGCAUUCUGAGUGAUGACAAUAUUUUACCAGGCCUUACAAACUGGAAAAAUAAAAGGGAGGGAAUGAACGUUUUUGUCUUUAAUAAAAUUUGGCAGAAGGACGCCUGGAGGAGGGAUAUGGCUAAAGAUCUCCUAAAGAUUCAUGAGCGACUGCCUCUUUAUCGGUGUACGAGAAGAAAUGUGAUGGAAUGUCAGAAUUGUAUAAACGGAAACAUUGUGAUUCCUUUCUGUCUGCCUGAAAGGAGAUCAGUACUUUUGUACUUCCAGAAAAUGUUUUUGUCAAUGAUCAAAAGUUGGCAUGUUAAUGAAUGAUUUGCACCUCAUAUUUUUUAUUUAUUUUUUUGCCCAGCAUACAUUGGGCUAUGAAAUCAGAAUUACUCACCAAACACACACUUAUUUGAAUUAUUGUUCUUGAACACCUGUUAAA